GCAGACGGCCGCUCCUCCCUUCAUCCACCCUCGUUUCAGGCGAACGGAUUUUCUGCUCCCUCACCGCCGACUGCCGCUCCUCCCUUCACAGCUAUAUCCGAUCACCUCCCUUCUCAAUUUCUUAAGACCAAGGGAAGAUGUUUUUCCACAUUGUGCUGGAGCGAAACAUGCAGCUUCACCCUCGCCACUUUGGUCGCGACCUUCGCGAAAAGCUUGUUUCGAAGCUCAUGAAAGACGUAGAGGGCACUUGCAGUGGUAGGCAUGGUUUCGUCGUGGCCAUAACGGGUAUAGAGAAUGUAGGGAAAGGGCUUAUUCGAGAUGGCACAGGUUUUGUUACUUUUCCGGUCAAGUAUCAGUGUGUUGUCUUUCGGCCUUUUAAAGGGGAGAUCUUAGAAGCUGUUGUCACCAUGGUUAAUAAGAUGGGUUUCUUUGCUGAAGCUGGGCCUGUUCAAAUAUUUGUGUCAAACCAUUUGAUACCCGAUGACAUGGAGUUUCAGUCAGGGGAUAUGCCUAAUUACACAACCUCAGAUGGAUCUGUGAAGAUUCAAAAGGACAGUGAGGUCCGGUUAAAGAUCAUUGGCACUAGAGUUGAUGCCACAGAAAUUUUCUGCAUUGGUACCAUUAAAGAUGAUUUCUUGGGCGUGAUUAGUGAUCCCGGUACAACUUCUUAAUUGCAUGGGGGUUGUCAAAGAGUCCUAGCCUCUGUGCUCUUUCUAUGAUGGUUGCGUUAUGAAUGGUCGGUGUAAGUUCUCGCCCGCAUAACUUGUUUCUUUCACUCACCAUUCUGAAAAAGAAAUCACGGUAGGCCUGCUACAAUAUAAACCUUAUUUCACCAACGUUUAUGGGUCGUAUAUACAUUAGUAGAAACCCUAGAUGGAAUAUACCGUGUUUGUUUGAUUUAUAUAGAAUAGUAGCACAAAUUCGGUUUUCUUAUGGUUGGACACCAAGCCUUCUUGUACUAGCAUCAUAUGAAACAUCAACAACUACUAAUCCAUUCUAGAACUAGAUUCUGAUUC